UCCCCUUUCCCCCUUCACCCAACCCCUGGGGCCACCGCCAGGUUCCUCCUCCCGCUGGCGCAGAGCUGCACCCACCUCAGGGACUAUAUAAGGGCGGUGCUUGAGCUGUGGGCAUUGUCAGAUCCCCAGCACCUCCCAGGCAGCGAGCAACGGCCUCACCAUGGAGCAGCUGAGCUUGGCCAACACCCGGUUCGCAGUGGACCUCUUCCGCACCCUGAAGGACAGCAACCCCUCUGGGAACAUCUUCAUCUCCCCCAUGAGCAUUUCCUCAGCGCUGGCCAUGGUCUUCCUGGGGGCCAGAGGCACUACCGAGGCACAGAUGUCCAAGACGCUUCACUUCGAUGCAGUUAAGGAGAUUCAUUCAAGUUUUCAGAGUCUGAAUGCUGAUAUCAACAAGCGCGGAGCUCCCUAUAUUCUGAAACUUGCUAAUAGGUUGUACGGAGAGAAAACCUAUGAGUUCCUCCCGGAGUUCUUGGCUUCAACCCAGAAAAUGUAUGGUGCUGAACUGGCCAGUGUAGAUUUUCAGCGAGCCUCUGAAGAUGCAAGAAAGGUGAUAAACGAGUGGGUCAAAGGGCACACUGAAGGGAAAAUUCCAGAAUUGUUGGCUGCAGGCAUGGUUGAUGAUAUGACCAAACUUGUGCUAGUUAAUGCCAUCUAUUUCAAAGGAAACUGGCAGGAGAAAUUCAGUGAAGAGGCCACAACCGAUACUCCUUUCAGAUUGAAUAAGAAAGACACAAAAACAGUGAAAAUGAUGUAUCAGAAAAGCAAAUUUCCAUUUGGCUACAUCGAGGACCUUAAGUGCCGGGUGCUGGAGCUGCCUUACCAAGGCAGGGACCUCAGCAUGGUCAUCCUGCUGCCAGAUGACAUCGAGGACGAGGCCACAGGUCUGAAGAAGAUCGAAGAACAAUUGACCCUGGAAAAACUGCAUGAGUGGACCAAACCUGAGAAUCUGAGUUACAUUGAAGUCAACGUCCACCUGCCCAAGUUCAAGCUAGAAGAGAGCUACAACCUCAACUCUCACCUGGCCAGUCUAGGUAUAGAGGAUCUCUUUAGUAGCAAGGCUGAUCUGUCUGGCAUGUCAAGAGCCAGAGAUCUUUUUAUAUCAAAAAUUGUCCACAAGUCAUUUGUGGAAGUUAAUGAGGAGGGCACAGAGGCAGCAGCUGCCACAGCCGGAAUUGCCAACUUCUGCAUGCUCAUGCCAGAGGAAAAUUUUGUGGCCGACCAUCCAUUCAUUUUUUUCAUUCGACACAAUCCCUCAACUAACAUCCUGUUCUUAGGCAGACUUUCUUCCCCUUAGAGACUGUGGAAAUCCAAGGCCCAGCUCAGACUUUAUUACUGGCCCUUCCAAUAGUUAUAGUUUUCAUAUAUCUUCUACAAUAAAUCUACCACCCCAAAA